AUGAGCGCUGUCGAAGGGGACCACACCGCCACCCCUCCGCGCCUCAUCCACAACGAGCAGCCGCUACUGAUCCUGACCCAGUGGAUCCCUGAGCUCACCUCCCGGGAUCUCCAGAUCUUCCUUUCCGAGUGGCUGAAGAAAAUCUGCAAAGCUUCUCUCCAGAGCCGCACCACCUGCGUCCGGGCGGGCAUGGUGGGAUACCUGUUGGACGUGUUGAGCGCCGCGCAGCAGAAUCUCGACCGCAAAUGCACCGAGAAUCUGGUCGACUUGCUUCAAGCGCUCGGCGGCCUCUCGAUCCGUCCGGGUGAAUUACGGCAGUUGCUGAAACUCCUGCGGACCGAGAAUGGGGCAGGUUGCCACCCAUACACCGUGCAAGUCGUGCGAGCUCUUUCAGGGAUGGCGCGGAAAGAGGGACCCGAGCGGGCACUGCAGUAUUUCGACCUGAUGCCCAGCAUGGCGGGGAUCAUGGUGCCCACCAUCCAAAAGUGGCCCGGGGGCGGCUUCGCCUUCCACGCCUGGCUGUGUCUCCUGGCCGAAGACACCAAGGAGGCUCCGGAGGAAACAGGCCGGCUGAAGCGGAAACAACUGUACAGCUUCUUCACGGCCAGCGGGACUGGCUUCGAAGCCUUCUUCACCACGGAGGGCAUGUUGGUGGUGGCUGUUUGCACCAAGAAGGAGUACAUGACGGUGGCUCUGCCAGAGAUUCCCUUCAACGACGCAGCCUGGGCGUUCACCUCUUGCUGCAUUGGUUCUGCUGGCCAUCGGACCACCACCACGUCCACCAUCUACUCGCCCCCAUCUCACUCGCCGGAUCUGGAGUUCCCGACGCAUCCUUUCCUGAACCGCUCGCAGUCCUUCCCAGCGUCUCUGGCUUCUCACACCUGGACCCCCAUCCCACCCCGGGAAAGCAUAGUUUCCACCAUGAUUGCGGGGACCCAGGACACCGAGUGGGGGAUGCCCACCUCUUUGGAGGGCCACUUGGGGUCAGUCGCUAUCUUCUACGAGGCACUCCAGCCUGCUCAGGUGAAGGCCUUCUUCUUGGCAGGACCAAACAUCGCAUCACCGUUUAAGCCCGAGGGAGACUUUGGGGAACUCAGUAGCAAAUUACUUUUGUACUACACGCCCCAGGCCUGUAAAAGCAACAUCUGUUUGGACCUGUCUCCAAACCAUAACCUGGACGGGAGGUUGACGGGGCAUCAAGUGGUGAACUGGGAUGUUAAGGAUGUCAUCAACUGUGUUGGCGGGAUGGGAGCUCUCCUCCCUCUGCUGGAUCAAGUAGCGUCUCAAAAGGAAGAAAGCAAAGAGAUCCAGGAGAUUAACGAUCUGGUUGGGCCAGAGUUGACGUCUUCAAGGAGCGCUCAAGGCUUACACAUUCCCUUGGGGAAAUCUUCAGAGGGCAGGCUGGAGAAGAAUGGAGUGGCUGCUUUUUUACUACUGGUGAAGAACUUCCUGUGUGGUCACCAAGUCAAUCAAGAGAGUUUGGUCCAAUGUCAUGGUCCGGCCAUUAUUGGAGCCUUGCUACAGAAGGUGAGCAUCCAUAAACACAUCCAUAGAGGGAUGUUCUCAUCUAGGUUUCCAACAUUUGAUCUGCGUUUCCAUUCUCUUCAAAACUCUUUUAUUUCAUUUUCAUUUUCCUUUAUACAAUCACUUAAAUACUGUGCAGUUAAAAAAAAAGUGUGUGGGAUACUGGAAGUGAUCCAGACCCUGCAGAAGAGUUCCCCGUACCAGGACCAUCUCUUCGCUUUCCUGUUUGAGCCAGGCAACGUGGAGGUCUUCUUCUCCCUACUCACUCAACGGAAGUUCUCAGAUGAAGUCAGGGAGAGAAUCUUCAAGAUCUUGUACAAGUUGCUGAAGUACGAGAAGAUCCAUGAGCGAUAUAAGCAUCGUUUGAAGUUGAAGGACAUCGGCUACCACGGCUUCAUCUCGUACCUGAACGACAUCCCGGUUUCCGUACUGUUCUUCCGGUGCCUUCUGGAACAAGUCCUCGGAGCAGAUUCCCCAAAUUACAAGGAUUUGAUGGCGGUCAUUUACCUCUCCCACCGGGCAGAUCUGACCGUCAGGCUGGACAUCUGCAGGAAGCUCUUCCACCUAAUUUACUCACAGCACGACAUGGUGAAGCACCUGGCCAAGCUAGCGGGCUGGCAGGAUACCCUGACCAAGCUGUACGUCAAGGAAUCGUACGAGUCUCGCCAACACAGCCUGUCCAGCUCGGCCAACGGGGUGGACUUCUUGAAGCUCUCGGAGCAGCCGAGCAUGGAGAGAGGGAAAGAGCUGGUGGGCUCUACUAGCCCCUUGGCCUCCGAGCUGCCGGAUUUGGAUGUCUUCCUCCCGCUGGGCUACGAAGCGUCCGACCACGAGCUCUCCGAAGGGCUAUCGGACCUCUCCAUGUCCCCCACCAACCAGAAGUACAAGAUCUUCCAGUCCUACGCCUUCAAGUCCUUCGACUCGUUAGAGCUGGCCAGUCAUUCCUCCUCUUCCAAUAUCAUGGACCUCCCCGGGCAGGGAGAGGUCCACCCGGGAGGCCCAGUUGACCGCGUCUACUACCCGCUCUCGCCUUUCUCCAAUUCCCCCUUCGAGCUCGGAUUGGAUUUGGGCAGCAGUAGCUCGGCGGCCACCUUGGAAAGCGGCAACCAGACGCCCCUCAGCCUUCCCGGGACGCCGUCUCCCCUGGAAAACUUCAAGCCCUUCCCGGGUCCCAGAGCUCGCAAGAGCUCCAGCUUGUCCAACGUUCUGGACGAGACGAGCUACCAAGAAACGCUGCCGAGCGACAGUAUCUCCAACACCAGCAACCCCCAGCUGCAGUCCUUGGCCUACGUCAAGCUUCACGGCCUUCUCCAGACGGCUUCAGCCCCCAGGAAAGAACAAGCCUGUUAUCUCCUGGGAAAACUGGAGACCCCACUCAGGGCUUCCCUGCACACCAAGUCAGAGACCUUCUCCUGGCUGGUGCCCAUCAUCCGGACGUUGAUGGACCAGUGUUACGACGCUUUGCAGCUGCAGCACUUCCUCCCGUCUCUGCCCCCCACCAACGGCAGCCCCACCUUCUACGAGGACUUCCAGAUCUUCUGCACCCACCAGGAGUGGCUCACCUUCAUUGAGAAGCACGUGCAACCCACCAUGGCCCAGUUUGAAAUGGACACCUUUGCCAAGAGCCACGACCACAUGUCCAACUUCUGGAACUCCUGCUAUGACGCCUUGUUGAGCAGCAAUCAGAGGAAGGAGAAGGAGAAAGCCGAGAGCCGGAGGAAGUUCCAGGAGCUGAUCCUGGAGCCUGUAAUGAAACGGGCGAAAUACGAAAACAUCCGGCACACCAAUAUGCUGAAGCAGAUCAACCAUCAUCACAAUACGGUCUUGCAACAAUGGCAGGCGCUGAAACGGCUUCUGACUUCCCAGCGCUCGGUCUGGGCUGACCAAAAUCCACCUGAGGUCUACUGGAAGCUGUCCAACGUGGAGACCUACUCCCGAAUGAGACUCAAGUUGGUUCCCAAUCACCACUACGACCGCCACGCGGAAGCUAGUGCCUUGCGUGACAAUCUUGGUGCCGACGGUUUACACAACCCAGCGGAGUCGCUACCUUUAGCGGUGGCCAAAGAAGCCAAAGUCAGUGAGAUGCAGGACGAUCAACUAGCAGAAGAAGACCUCUCGUUCUUGGACAAUCACCUGGAACCCAAAGAGCAAAGCCAGCGAGAGAAACUGCUCAUCUCGGAGGAUUGCGAACUCAUCACCGUCGUGGCCGUGAUCCCGGGGCGCCUGGAGGUCACCAACCAACAGAUCUAUUUUUACGACAGCAACAGCGAGAAGGAGGAGACCGAGGACGGUAUCGGACACGACUUCAAGCGUCCACUCGGACAGCUCCGGGAGCUGCACCUGCGGCGUUACAACCUGCACCGUUCGGCCCUGGAGUUCUUCUUCAUCGAUCAGGCGAAUUAUUUCCUCAACUUCAAGAAAACGGGGAGGAACAAGGUCUAUUUCACCAUCCUCAGCUUGCAGCUUCCCAACCAGAUUUAUCAAGGCAGCCGCUCCCCACAGGACCUCCUCAAGGCCUCCGGACUGACUCAGAAAUGGGUCACUAGGGAAAUCUCCAACUUUGAAUACCUCAUGCAGCUGAACACAAUUGCGGGACGCACCUAUAAUGACCUUUCUCAAUAUCCCGUGAUAUCGAAUGAGAAAGUGGGGGAUGUGGUCCUUCCCAAAUGGGCCAAUUCCCCAGAAGACUUUAUCCACAAACACCGGCAGGCACUGGGUGGAAAAGCCAUGAUUCUAUCUUCUUCCCUUAUCCACCAGGGUGGGCUGUCUUGUGGCUUGGCUUCCAAGCCAGUCCAGGUCCUCUACGGACACGAAGAUGAAGUCACGUGUGUUGGCAUUAGCACAGAGCUGGACAUGGCAGUGUCAGGGUCCAAGGAUGGAACCAUCCUUGUUCACACCAUCCGCCGAGGGCAGUUCAUGAAGUCGUUGAAGCCCCCGUGCGAGAGUUCCCUGCCGGUCACCAUCUCCAACCUGGUUGUGGGUCACGAGGGGCAGAUCGUGGUCCAGACGAUCGUGGGGGGAAGAGCCUCCCUCAAGGACAAGUUCGCCCUCCACCUUUACUCCGUCAACGGCAAGCACCUGUCUUCCGUCUCCUUGGAUGAGCAGGUUACCUCGAUGUGCGUCAUGGAGGAAUUUGUCGUGUUGGGAACGCUCCAGUGUUCGUUGCAGAUCAGGGACCUUCAGAGGCUGCAUCUGGCAAUUCCCUCUUUGGUUAUGAAGGUCCCCAUCCACAGCGUAUCUGUGACGAAGGAGAAAAGCCACAUCUUGGUUGGUUUGGAGGACGGCAAGUUGAUUGUGGUCGGUGCAGGGCAGCCUUCGGAGGUGCGGACGGGCCAGUUCCAUCGGCGGCUGUGGCGCUCGACGCGGCGCAUCUCCCAAGUGUCUUCGGGCGAGACAGAAUAUCACCCAACGGAAUCCAAAUAGAGGCCUCGUUUUUAACUUUCCUGUUGCCUUGUAGUUACCUCUCUGCCACAGCGGCCCCCCCGGGGUUCUCCUAAGAGGAGGUCAACCGCGGCUGCUGUCCGAUUCUCUCGCUGCGCCGCCGACCGAUUUUUUUUGUGGCUGCAGGGGACAACCUGCGGCGACUCUCCAGAAGCGAGAACCUGCACACGUCCGGAGCAGGCUCCUGAAUGCAGUUCGUGCCGCAGAACAAUCUGGGGGUUUUGUGUGCGUGUGUGCGUGCGUGUGUGUGUUUUCCCCGAGUCCAUUCAGCUAUUCCCCACCAAUCAAUGCUAUACUACUGUUGAUUCCUGCAGAGCUUGAAACGGCAAAUGUUUGUAUUCCUCGUCUGAUACUGGAGGGCGUGAGCGAGAGAGGACCGGGGCGGUAAGGCUGCCGGAGUGUCUCUUCCCCCCUCGCCCGCCUGCCCGUCGCCCCCUCCCCUUCCCACCAUGUGUCAAGAGUCUGGGGAUGACGAGUGAAGCAAUAGACAACCCAACCUCAAGACUGCGGGGGGCCUCUUGGUGGUGGCCUUAAGAAGACGUUAGUUGCACUAGGUGGGAUGCCGCGCCCGGAGGGGACACCCGUUUUGCUUCCCGUGUCCUGGUGGGCGAGAAAUUCGCUUAAACUCUGAAGAAAGCUUUAAAGGGAAGUGAGGAAGGUCGGAAGGAUCUUCCAGUUGGAAACCCAAGAAAGUUGGGCAGGGCAGGGGGCAAACCAUAAGGGUUACGCCAGAGAUGGGGCAGGAGGCGAAUCUGCAAUCUCCUACACUUGCAGGGGUCUCCAACCUUGGGAACUUUAAGACUUGUGGACUUCAACUCCCAGA